UCAAUUUGCAAAAAAUCCAUUGAAAACCUUGUCACUUGCAUUGGUUUCUUCUUCUUCACUCUCUUCAACCAAAACUUUCUACAUACAAUUUAAGCUCAUUCAUCAAAACACAACACUCAUAGAGAAGAUAAACUACCAAACAAGUUACAAAAAAAAAAUGAAGAAGAUUAAGCAAGUGAAAAUGGACAACACAAGAAGUUUUUCAGAGUUAGUAUUAGAGCUUGUAUCAUCAGUAGAUGAAGUAGCUUCUUUAGCAAAAGACUCAGAAAUCGACACAGAAGCUUUAACUGAGUUUUCUAUUUACAUUGAGAAGCUUUCACCAAUAUUAGAUACUAUGAGACAAGAUAAGAUGAUCAUGGACACUCCUAGCAUAAGGUCUGCCAUAGGGUCCUUAGAAACCGAGCUUCAACGUGCUCGAAAUUGCAUCAUAAACCGGAAUAUUUGCUCGAAUGCUCAUCGUUUCGAUGUCAUACAACGGCAUACACAUGAUCUUGGGCGUUCCUUAGGCCUUCUUUUGUUUGCUAGUAUUGGGGUGUCCUUAGACUUGAAGGACAAACUUGGGAUUUUGCAUAAGGAAAUGAUGAAUGCUAAGUUUGAUAACUCUUUUUGUUGUAGUUCUUCUAGUGAGAGUACUAGGGAGAUUGUUGAGGAGAUCAUGAAUGAUGAUGAUCAAAUUUUGUGUGUUAAAGAAGAGUUUAGAGUUGUUAUGGAUAUGGAAAAGGAAGAUGUUACAUUACAACUUAAGUAUGGUAAUGAUGAUGAGUUUAGAAAUUCUCUUUUGGGAUUAGAGUUUUUGAUUAGAGAUAAAAUUAUUGAUUAUGAAUGGAUUAUAGAUGAAGGGAUAAUCCCCAUUUUGAUUAAUCGAUUGGGAUCGAAUAAAUGCAUUGAAAGAUUAGGUAUAAUCAAGGUGCUAAGAACCAUUGCAUUUGAGAAUGAUCAAACAAAGGAGAAGAUGGCAGACAUAAGCUCCUUAACAACAUUGGUGAAGUCGUUAGCUCGAAAUGAGAACGAGCGGAGAGAAGCAGUUGGGUUACUAACAGAUCUCUCUCAGCUUUCUUGUGUUCGUCGAAGAAUUGGGAGAAUCCAAGGGUGUAUAAUCAUGUUGGUGGCUAUAUUAAAUGGGAAUGAUCCACUUUCAUCAAAUGAUGCAGGGAAAUUAUUAACUGCUCUCUCAUGUAAUACUCAAAAUGCUCUUCUCAUGGCUGAGGCUGCCUAUUUUCAUCCUCUAAUCCAGCACUUAAAGGAAGGUUCAGAAAUGAGUAAAAUUCUGAUGGCAACUGCACUUUCAAGGAUGGCAUUGACAGAAAAAACUCGAGCCUCGCUUGGAGAAGAUGGUGCAAUCAAACCGUUAGUCAUCAUGUUCAAGACAGGAAAGCUUGAAGCAAAGCUUUCAGCCUUAAACGCUUUACAAAAUCUAUCCCUCUCAACCAAAAACAUAGCAUACAUAGUCAAUUCCGGUAUCCUUCCUCCUCUGCUUCAGCUCCUUUUCUCUGUCACUUCCUCACUCAUGAGCCUCCGAGAACCUGCAUCUGCUAUCCUUGCAACUAUAUCAUGCACGGAUUCUAUUCUUGAGCAUAAAGAUUUGCCUGAUCAGCUUCUCUCACUUCUAAACUUGUCUAGUCCAAAACUUAGGUGCAAUAUCCUUGUAGCUCUAAACAACAUCCUUUCUCAGCCGGGUGCUUCUGUAGUUAGAAGCAAUAUCAUCCAAAAUGGGGCUAUGCAGCUUCUGCUUCCUUUCAUCAAUGAAGGCGACACCAAAAUUAGAACAACGGCCUUCAAUUUGCUAUAUACUGUCUCAGAAAAUUCAUCUAUUGAAGAAAAUUAUCUUCCUAAGAUAGUGAAUAUCAUCUCAUCUACAUCGUCAGAGGCUGAAAAGGCAGCUGCUGUUGGUUUACUGAGCAACAUUCCUCUAUCAGAUAAAAAGGCAACAGAUAAACUCAAACGGGUCAAUCUGUUGCCAAUGUUAGUCUCAUUAUUUAGUUCUAUGAGCUCUUCAAGUUCAACCAGUCCUACAACUAGGUCCUUAGAAGAAAGUGUUGCAGGUGUUUUCAUCAGAUUUACACUACCUUCUGACAAGAAACUACAACUCUAUGCAGCAGAAAUGGGAGUGAUACCUAUUCUAGUUAAACUCCUCUCAGAUGGGUCGAUCAAAGCUAAAUACAGAGCUGCAGUAUCUCUAGCUCAGCUAUCACAAAACUCCCUUACAUCUAGAAGGUCUAAGAAUUCGCGGUGGGCUAACUGUGUUCCUUCACCUACUAUAGAUGGAUACUGUGAAAUCCACAGUGGACAUUGCAGCAUCAAAGGCAAUUUCUGCUUGGUAAAAGCCGGAGCUAUUCCUCCUUUGAUCCGUGUUUUGGAAGGUGAUGAGCGAGAAGCUGAUGAAGCGGUGUUGGAUACAAUUGCCACUCUCUUGCAGGACGAAGUUUGGGAAGAUGGAACUAAUUUUAUAGAGAAAAGCUCAGGUGGGGUGGAGGCUCUUAUAAGAGUGUUAGAAGUAGGAAGUGUAAAGGCUAAAGAAAAGACGCUAUGGAUUUUGGAAAGAGUAUUUCGGAUUGAACCUUAUAGAUUGAAGUAUGGAGGUUCAGCUCAAGUGGUGCUGAUACAUCUUGCUCAGGAGGAGCCUUCUUUGAGAUGUUUGGUGGCUAAGUUGUUAGCUCAGCUUGAACUGUUACAAGAUCAAUCUAGUUACUUCUAGUCAUAUUAUCUGAUAGCAUAGAUUGUGCAAAAUUUUUGUUCUAUAUAUUUAUAUCCUCUAUGUAGGAGAUUCGACCAUUUAGGCAUUAUGAGAAUAAUUGAGGUGAGGUGUAAUGUAUCAUGUAUGGGAAGGCCUUUUAUAUGUAUGGGUGUAAAUGAUGUGCAGUCAGUAUGUAAUCAGAUUAAUAAAGGUUUAUUAGUAAUAUGUGAGGAGCAGCAAGCAUUUUUACAUGCGAGUUCACUGCUACUUUUGAUUGCUUAGAAAUUCAUCAAUUUAUUUUUUUACCUUCAA